GAACGAGGACCGCACCACAGGCAGAGCGAUCAACGAACAUGGCCAGGUGGAAGCUUCCAUCUCGCUCGGCCACUAGCGGAGCUCGUCGUUGGUUUUUUUUCUUUGUCUUCUUCUCUUUUCAUGAAGUUGUUGCAUCGAAUUUCGACGAAGAUGAAAAGCGCGUCACUCUUCUGCUCAUGGACAGCGCCUACAUUCCAGUGUGGCCAUGCUUAUGAAGCCAAAAUCUACUCUUGUCAUCAGAGAAACAUCAAACUUUCCCACUGUCAUUCUCUUAAGAAGGAGAAGAGGGACAAGCAAAAGCCAAAAGGUGUCUUAAGGAUAAAAAUUGAUUUUGGAGGCUUCAUACUGUUGGUACAGCUUUUACACGACAUAUAAACCUCCAGCGGGACCUUUUACAGGACCGACGACGUUCUUCUCAGGGGGACAUCAGGCCUCAUCUUCUAGCAGCAAGACAAACGCGACUGCGUUUCUGCGGAUGUCAGCAUAUACUUCAAGAGAGUCAGAGAAUUUUCUUGAACAUAGUCAUGAUGUGACUGCAGGAGAUGUAGAUGCAAAUCGUGGUCUGGUUGAUGUACCUCCACGGCUCGUCGUAGUCACGCUGGAUGAAAACGCUGACGCAUAUUUACGUGCCUUCCGGAAGAAGCUUCGACCGGAGACGCAAGCUCGGAUAGGCUUGCGUCGCGCCAUCUCUGUUACGGGGUGUGGCACUAAAGCACCCUUUUUAGCGCCAUCCGUUGUUCUUUCUCUAGUUGAAAAAGAUGAACCCACGCAAGGAAGAUCGGACAAUGACUCUCUUCAUUGAGAUGAUUAAGUACUAUAUCAUUUUUGACUCUCAUCCUUAUUUUCUUGAUGAGUCUUAACCAAGAGGGAUUAUUAACAUGCGAACGCGGUAGCGCAUGUCAAGUUCGUCAAGUUCUAACUCUGUCAGUGCUGAAGGCCGACGACAGUAUCUGAAUGCCACCUCAUCAAGUGUUAAGGCUCUCACCAAUUGAUUCGGCUUCGGCUGCAUCCUUGAAAAGUAUGCGGGAGCAUUUAUUCUCGGGCAAUGCUCUCCCAUACUUUUCAGGGAUGCAGCUGAGGGAUGAACUGCGGACAGUUCUAAAAGUGGAGCUCCAUCAUCUGCAUCGACGCCGACAGCACAUCAAAGCAAGUGGCACUCUGGUGGCAAGAUAUAUUUCCCUAGCGAUGACGAUCUCGGAAAGCCCAACCACGAGAGUCUUGGCCCUUCCGAAGUGUCGUGGUUCCAUGACGUCUCGAAGAAGAACUUCAAAGAGAACGUGGCUUCUCCUGGAAAGGAACAGAAUUCGAAGUCCCUCAACGCUAAAAGCCAGAAGAUGAAGAUGCUGCGGGCGUUAGAUGAUAGGCGGGCGGCAGCGGUAUCUGAUACUGAUGAUCAUACUCGGCCUAACUCUGACAGAACGAGAAGGUCCUCGGCGUCACAUGGUCAUAGGUCAACGACCUCCGAAACGGCCUCGGCAAUAGAGGGGUCCUUGCUGGAAGUGGGUCUGGAUGGGACGUGGCCUAAACCUUCUUACAUGUAUGCUUUUUAUCCUUCGAUUCUGCACCUGAUGCGCCGUGGAUAUACUUAAGGCCUGCUUCGAGGACAGUACUACUAGUUCAUCACUUCGUACACUAAGAUACUUUGCUUGCUCCUGGUGCUUUUUCAAUUAGAAGACUUCGCUCAAGAACAAAAGAGACGCUGAUGCUCUGAAAUGAUAAGUCACACAUGAUGGCUGUUAGUGGAAAACUUAGGUCAGAGGACUACACCACGCGCUGAACAAGUAAGAAUGUUAAAAUUCUGCGAAUUCCACUUCUAAUAUAUUGUGCUCCACGUCGACGCCGAUGCUUUCUUUCGUGGCGAUGCAUGGCGUCAACUUUUCGAUCAUCCGGCGGUACAAGACGUCGACAUCGUAGCUCCUUCGGCCGACUGUCCGGGACCACCUAUUUUGCAAUCAGAAGAGCAGAACAAGGACUCUCAUUCCGCUAUUCUUAUUGAAAAAACGAUCAGCCAUCUUCACAUAAAUCGCAUUAUUUCUACAACUAAGCGUACAGCUACAGCUGUAGGUAUUUUACGUAUUCGAUAUAGCCCAAAGAUGCUGCGCUUUCUCGAGAUGAUACAGGAUAAGCACUUUGAGGGUCAUCAUGGUAUUCCCGAAGACCAGAGAGCGAUGAACACGGAACUUCGGGUCCUAGGCUGCCGCAAGGAAGGACUCCGCUCUCGUUCCGGCAGUGCCGCUGGUUUUAUUGGCACAGCCGAAGUUUCUCCUGAGCCUGACCACGAUGAGCGUAAAGCAGCAAGACCUCAAAGCCUCUCGGAAGAUGGGGAAGGGGAAGACCCAGCAUAUGAAAUCGUUCGCUGUGGUGGAGGGAGUAAUUAUGUCAAUAGCCCUAAAGUGGAGGAAGAACUCGACGCAUUGAACUCGUCGAAAGAGCAGCAGGAGCACCAGGUUGUAGACGCUGCAGAUUUCAAUGAGGAAAUAAGCGCUGCCUUCGUUCGCUCUGGUGUGUCUCUUGUUAAGGCUCAAAGUGAUUCACUUCCAAUUUCACAGGAGGGGGCUUUAGCUUUUCUCUGUUGCCACCUCUUUACUUACUAGGCCCCUGAGAAAGUAAGCCUUGGGAUUGAAUUCAUUGGAAAUACUUUGCGGCUGAGCUCUAAUCGUGGGCAGGUACCCGAUAAGGCGGAUAAGGUGACCCUUGUCGCGCAUGGUAGGGCAGUAAACUUCAUCGAAAGGAUCUGUGAGGAUCCUACCUAUCGCGCACUGGUACCUCCCGGCACAUAG